CUGCUGACCAAACAAGGGCCCCUUCCCAUUGUUCAAGCUGCAGAACUGUGGGAAGAAAGGAAAAUGUGUCUGAAUCAGGGCAGCCAGGCUGCCAGCAGGGUCUUGUGGGGUGGGCCUCCCUGUGUUGUUGUGGGACACCUCAUGGGAACUGACCAAGUGAGGGACAGCUGGAAGCUCGGCUGGAGGAGAAGGUUGGGAUUUUUCAAAGAUUGGGAUGCCCCAAUUCAAGGCUGCUGCUGAUCUCAAACUGGGAGGGGCUGUUGACUCUCUUGAGGGACAAGAUGUUGCGGUGUAGAGGCUAUGUGUCCCCGGCCCAGCGACAGAGAGAACAGGGGUGUGACAGAUCCCCCGGCAGACGCUGCAGAAUUCCAGCUGCCAGCGGAGGUUCGGCACAGAUGAACAAAGCAGCACGGGUCUUGGAAUCAGAACAGGGGUAGCUUUAUUUGAUGGUAAACUCCCCAAGUCCAAGGUCCCAAGACCCUGACCCAAGGGCAGGCAAUAACUUAUAAACAGGGACGGUCUUGGGGGAGAAUACAAUUGUUAACCAAUCGAGAGGACUGAGGGUGGAACACAAGGUGGGGAAAUACAAUCUGUAAAACAAUAGAGGAUCUGAAGGGAGGGGAAAGGUUUAAGUAAACCAAUGGGGUUUCAAAGGAUAGAGAACUGACAAGGAAGGUUCUGGAGAAAAAGGCAGGCUUAGGGAAGGAUUGACAUCUGAGGAGGGAAGGAGCAGGGAAGGUGUUGGGGGGAAAAGAGUAGGGACAGGAGGGAUUGAGGAUUUGGCAGGGAGUGGCCAGGCAACAAACAAGAAGACAGUUAACCAAGCUGAAUAACAAUGAGGGAGCGAGUCUAAAUUUAGCAACAUAAGAUACAAAAUGGGGAACCUGUGCUACUCCAAAGGUGGGGAGAAAAACACGGAUUAAAAAACCACAAAUCAAGCAAUAAAAUAUACCAAAUAAAGAAAAUGAAAACACAUCACAACAACAAGAUGUGAUGCAGAGAGAUGCAGAGAGAGUGGAGCCUUGGAUUCCCUGUGGGAAAAGCUACCUUCUGGGUGAGGAACUCUGGCUGGUUAUGGAGUACAUGGAUGGAGGCACCCUGAGCAAUGUCAUCAGCAAGAGCUACCUGUCUGAAGAGGAGAUGGCAGCCAUCAGUCGGGAGUGCCUGCAAGGACUGGAUUUUCUUCACUCCAACCAUGUGAUCCACAGAGAUGUGAAGAGCAGCAACAUCCUUCUCAGAACCGAUGGCUCUGUCAAGCUGGCCGAUUUUGGCCUCUCUACUCAACUCACCCCUUAGAAGAAUACACGGAGAUUGUUAGCAGGGACUGCUUGGUGGAUGGCGCCUGAAGUGGUGACACGUGAACCAUAUGGCCCCAAAGUGGACAUAUGGUCUUUUGGAAUUGUGGGAAUUGAAAUGGUGGAAGAAGAACCUUUUUACUGGAACUAGAGUCCUGCCUCGGUAAGGAGCAAAUCCUCACUGAUCCCGCUGUCUUUCUCACCUGUCCCAUGUUCUGUGUGCCAUUGGACAAAAUCCCAUUGCCAUCUGCUGGCAUUACUUCCACAACGGUGCCCUUUUAAAAAUGUCCCUGCAACACAUCAGCAUCUGCUGUAGUUUUGGUUGCAUGAGUGGGGGAAUUCAAGCCUUACCACAUGCAAACAAACUCCAUUCUCAGGCAAUACUUGCCUUUGGGUUAUAAGUGGUUCCAGUUCUUUUGUCUCUGUAGAUGGCCCCAAUAACAUGAAACAAGAAUCUUAGAACUACUCUUAUCCUUCCAGAAAUGAAGGAAGAAAACCCAAACCAAACAGAGUUUCUAAAACUGUGGUUUUCAGAGAGGGACUGCAUCCCCUGUGCAGUUUCUUCUUGCUGGGAAGGUUGCCUGAAACCUGGGCAGGAGGGUGUAGAGGCCACAGAGUCUCUUCUGCUUCUUGUGCAGUGCUGCUGAAACACUCAGUGACCAU